UGGAAUGUUGCAGCAGCAUGAACAUCAAAGUUCGUAGAUCACAGUCAAUCAGCAUUUCAGUCAGUUUGUCCUCGAAUGUCGGCGUGUUCGCCUGGAGAAACCUUGUCACAGCCCUUCAGUACAAACCAUCACUGGCAUCAGGUUGACCUGGUGUGAGGUAUCAGCGUUCACCAUGGCCGAAAUGCAAAGUUUGGCCAUCCCCAUCGGCGACGUCAUCUCCUCCGGCACCUCGGACUACAUGGUGCAGAGGUCCCUGGGCAGCGGCAGCUUCGCCGUGGUCACCGAGUGCUUGAAAAUGGAGACCAAUCAAAUGGUGGCUGUAAAAAUGUUCCGAUACCAGAAAUGCAACGAGGACGCAAAGGAGGAGGUGACCAUCCACCGAAAGAUGAACGAGUACAACUUGAACAGGUGGAAUAUCAUCGCUUUUAUGGACUCCUUCAUCUUUAAUGGACAUUACUGUCUGGAGUUCGAGAAACUGGACUUGAGCUUGUACGCGUUCACGAAGAGCCUGUUUGCCCCUCUGGAACUGGAGGAGAUCUGCCCCAUCGUGCAGCAGCUGGCCACGGCCGCACUCUUCCUGGAGAAGGUUGGGAUCGUUCACGCCGAUCUAAAACCUGAAAACAUCAUGCUGGUGGACCGCUUGCAGAAGCCUCUGCGAGUCAAGGUCAUCGACUUCGGAUUGGCCUUUGUCGAUCCUGAGAGCUGUCGGGGCUCAGCGCUGCAGUCCAUGUGGUACAGAGCCCCUGAGGUCCUGCUGGGGGCGCGCAUCAACCGGGCCAUCGAUAUCUGGUCUCUGGGCUGCAUUGCUGCUGAAAUGCUGUUGGGGGACCCACUUUUCCCUGGCUCUAAUAACCACGACAUGAUGAGACACAUUGUCUCCGUCGUAAAUAUGCCGCCGGCCCAUUUGCUCAGAGAUGGAAUGUGGACAGCGGUGUUUUUCAGCGAAACGCCAUACCUGCAGCCCCGCCAGUGGAUAUUAAAGUCAAAAUUUGAGACGCGAUUGUUUGCCGACCGCUACAGCCCACUCACCAUCAACGAGCUGAGUGAUCUUCAGAUGGCGUCUUACGGAACGUCCGGAGGAGGCGCUGGCGCCGAGGCGUUUGACAGGAAGACCUUCGUCCACCUGGUCACGCAGAUGCUGAAAACCGAUCCCGCGGAGAGAAUCACGGCGAGCGAAAUUCUCCAGCACCCGUUUGUCACCAUGGGCCAUUCCGCGGACACGUUCGGCAGCGGCCCUCACGUGCCAUCGCGCGCGGGGCAGGCGAACUCCUGUCGGGGUCGGCGCUCCGAUAAUGCGGAAGAGCCGGCGACGCUGCGCACGAGCCCGACAGAUGAGGCGUCCGACAUCGAUGCCGACCGCAGCAUCUCCGACCGGCGCAGCGCCGUGGACCGUCUCUCCUGCCUGAGCAGCACCAUCAGCAAGGACACGGGUCAGCGAAAGAAGAGACAAUGGGAUACUGAGGCCGACACAAACCCGGACACGUCCCGGGCCAAGGGGAGGAGGAGUGAACGCCUGGCUGCCAUGUCAGCCGAGGCGGGAGGCCGGGCGAGGCCGGCAGCGUCUCGGCAGCACAAACAAAAGAGGGCGGGCGCCGACCCGAGCACCACUUCGGACGACAAGUCGACGAGGGCAAAGAUCAACCUCGAAAAAGCGAUGGCACGCAGCGCCAAAAUCAUAUUAAAAGACUCCAAAUUGGCACGGUCCCGCUGGACCCAAGUCGGCCACCUCGGGAGGAGGAGGAGGCCCGACGACGAGGCUUCGGGCUUUGUGGAGAAGAGGAGGAGCCGGGGGCUGGAGAGAGACGCGUGAACUGACCCAGCAGAGGCUUCUUUUUUUCCCCUAUCCAACUCACUUUUCAUUGUUUGCUUUUACUCGUUCAAUUCCGUUCAUUUUUACUCUUCAUUCGGCUUUUUCACGUGUGCAAGAAUUAUGAGUAAAUAAAUAAACAUUUAUAAAACAGGCAAAAGCAGCCUUAAAAAAGUGCUCCUUUUUAGAUUUGUUGUUGUUGUUGUUGUUGUUGUUGUAAUGAUUCAAGGAGUGAGGUGCAGUCGGAACAGGCGAGUUUCUGCCGUCCUGGUGUCAAUGGGCGGUGGCAGAGCGCAGUGGACGGGCUGGGGUGACCGUGUUCUGGAUGUAGGACGGGCCCGAGCCAUUCGCAGCACAGUAGGCGAGUACCGGUGGCCUGAAUCCGAUUCGAGCCGCCACCCGGGGCCCAGUGCAGGGCGCGGGGGGAGCGGCGUGACUUUUUAAAUCCCAUUAAAUUGAUUUGAUUGAAUGGGAA